CCUCCCCCGAGCUGGGCCUCCUGGCGCAGCGUCCCCGCCCCGGGGAGGAGCCGGGAGAUCAGGGUGCCAGAGCCGCGCUGGCCCGCCCAGACCCCACACCUUGGCCGCUGCUGCGCUGGGUGCGGAUCGCGUGGGAAGAGCAGAGAUGGCUCAGUGUGUGACUAAGGUGGAAUUGUCGAUAUCCUGUGAGAAUCUCAUUGACAAAGAUGUUGGUUCAAAAUCUGACCCUCUGUGUGUCUUACUUCAAAAUGUGGGAGGUGAUCAAUGGGCAGAGUUGGAUCGAACUGAAAAGAUAAAGAACUGCCAGAAGCCUGAAUUCUCCAAGAAGCUGCUCGUUGAUUAUUACUUUGAGAAAGUGCAGAAGCUGAAGUUUGGUGUAUAUGAUAUUGAUAACAAGUCCUAUGACUUAAAUGAUGAUGAUUACCUUGGAGGGGUUGAGUGUACACUGGGACAGAUUGUUUCCAGUAAAACACUCACUCGGCCUUUGGAGUUGAAGAAAGGAAAGCCAGCAGGAAAAGGCACCAUUACGAUUUCAGCAGAAGAGAUUAAAGACACAAGAGUUGUCAGUCUAGAGAUUGAAGCACAGAACUUGGACAAAAAGGAUUUUUUGGGCAAAUCCGAUCCGUUUUUGGAAUUUUACAAGCCGAGUGACAGUGGAAAAUGGCAGCUGGUCUACAGAUCAGAGGUGAUUAAGAACAAUUUAAAUCCAUGCUGGAGGAAGUUUAGUGUUCCCUUGCAAACAUUCUGUGGAGGGGACUUCAAUAAACCAAUCAAGGUACAUUGUUCAGAUUAUGAUAGUGAUGGGUCACAUGACUUGAUAGGCAGUUUUGAAACUAACCUGUCUCAGCUGCAGAAAGCAGGUGGCAGCUCUCCGGUGGAGUUUGAAUGCAUUCACCCUGGGAAGAAACAAAAGAAAAAGAGCUACAAAAACUCUGGAAUUGUUAGGAUAAAAUCCUGCAAGAUUGAAACUGAAUAUUCUUUUCUGGAUUACGUCAUGGGAGGCUGCCAGAUUAACUUCACAGUGGGUAUAGACUUCACUGGCUCCAAUGGAGAUCCAAAGUCACCAGAUUCUCUUCACUACAUCAGUCCAAAUGGGAUAAAUGAAUACCUGACUGCCAUCUGGAGUGUGGGGAAUGUGGUCCAGGAUUAUGACACAGAUAAGCUGUUCCCUGCGUUUGGGUUUGGAGCUCAGGUUCCUCCAAACUGGCAGGUGUCUCAUGAGUUUGCCUUGAACUUUAACCCCAACAACCCCUAUUGUCAGGGAAUCCAAGGAAUUGUGGAUGCUUAUCGCCAGGCACUGCCUCAGGUCCGACUCUAUGGGCCAACAAAUUUCUCUCCUAUUAUAAACCAUGUGGCAAGGUUUGCGUCUCAGUCAGCACAGCAAGGAACGGCUGCUCAAUACUACGUACUACUGAUCAUCACAGAUGGUGAGAUCACUGAUCUGGAUCAAACCAGGCAAGCUAUUGUUAAUGCCUCCAAACUGCCUAUGUCUGUUAUUAUCGUUGGAGUUGGCGAUGCUGAUUUCAAAGCCAUGGAAUUCCUGGAUGGGGAUGAUGGCGUAUUAAAGUCCUUGACAGGGGAGCCAGCUGCACGAGACAUUGUACAGUUUGUGCCUUUCAGACAGUUCCUCAAUGCUCCUCGGGAGGCUCUUUCCCAGACAGUCCUGGCUGAAGUUCCUAAGCAGCUGGUGUCCUAUUACAAGAUGCAGGGCUGGGCUCCUGUGAAGCUACCUGGAGCAAAGCAAGAGUAGAGGAGAGGGUACCUGCCGUGCACAUCUCCAAAGAAACAGGAAGAGCAUCUCUGCUUAUGUAUCAAUCGUAUUCAAAUUCUGUCGCACGCCAUUUAUUGCUCAGCACCUCUGAAAUGGAUCACUCUCGGUUCCCUGAUUUACACACCAUGUAUCUUUAGUUUCUGCUGAAUGGUAGAAAUGAAACAUUCUUUACAGAGAUGCUACACAGAAAAAAUGUAGCUACUGGCCGUUCUUAUGUGGAAGAAUUGGAGUUAAUGAUGUAAUUAUAAGUAGAGGCAAAAAAAACAGCAAACCUGGCCUCCCAAAUUCUAAGAAUUUAUACGUAUGAAUCAGUUACUUCAGUACUUACUACAAUCCUGACUUAUGACUAGAUUUCAAAGCCCACAUGGUGCAUGGAACUGCAGAAAACUGACAACCAAGUAACAUUUUUUCCAUGCUGAGUUUAUUGGAAUAUGAGUUAAUUGCUAUCAUGUUUGCCAAUGUAUGUCUUUGAUCACGCAUUGCUAGACAGAGGGUUUCUAUUCUCUUCCCAAGUCAGCUUGAUAGAAACCCUCGUAUAUUGAUUUGCAUCAAAGUCCCCCUGUUGCCUAAAUGGCUCAGGUAAUUUUUGUUGUGCCUUUGUAGAGUGCCAUGUGAUUUUUCUGUUACAUUUUCUUCAUAAAGCAAAUAUAUUUUUUAAACUUCAGUGACCAGAUUUUGCUAAAGUAAUUUUAUAAGCUUACCUAUUUACAACAAUUGCUUCUAUGGUGCCUUCACUCAAAGCUUGUGUUGCGGGGACUGGACUAGAUGACCUCUCGAGGUCCCUUCCAGUUCUAUGAUUCUAUAUAUAGGGCUCAGUCAGUCCCUCUUUCCCUCCAGUGAGAGCUUCCACAACUACCAGCAGAGAAAGCGGGUGAGUGUAGAGAACAGAUGUGCCCAGGAGGGUGGGAUUUCCCAGGUCACUUGUCUCUUAGAGGAUGGCACUGUAAUUCUGAUAGUCUGGUGUGCCUGUCACAGAAGAGAAAGAGGCUGAAUUUCCAGGGGGUAAUGUUCCUGCUUUCUCUGCUGUUACAAGAUGGGGAUAAUCCCAUGGGUAAUGUUUGGAGAUAACAGAGUUGAGAGUUUAUUUCAAAAGGGCAAUAAAAUAACUUUGCCUUGUUGGUGCUCAGCAAACGUUCACCACUUUGUUUUCCAAAUAAAGAAUCUGCUUUUAUUUA